UGUGAAGUUGAAAAUAAAUGUAAGAUCCCUCUGUCUUGGUCUUGCGCUAACAAAAUUCAAGGGUUGGUAGUGUACGUGCCUCUCUGGCUGUGCCGAGUUAUGACACAAUAACACAAGUUCCAGUCACAAGGAUAGAGAGUCGAGUCACCGGCCAAGAGUCAUGAUCCAAAAACAAAAAAUAAGACUGGAAGGAUCGUCGAGGAACAAUGUUCUGUUUGUAGUCCGAGCAUCCAACAUCCAACAUGGGAUGGCACAGUCGUGACAGUCGAGAACAAUUGGAAAAAAGACCCCCACUUUUGACUUCAAUGCUCUGAAAACAGAAGGCGGUCAGGCAAAGUUCAUUGUUAAGCGGGGCAGAGUCCAAGGAUUCGCCCCGCGCUGGAAAGUCUGUGGCCUAUCGGCGGCGCACAAUCCUCACGGAAAAAUUACUGGUGUGCCAAAUCAAUCGGCCGGAGAAAGAAGCCUUCUGUGAAAGAAACCGCAUUCGCGACAGAGAGACUCUGCCUAUACCCGACAAUAAAAUAAUAAUCGACCACCUCCCCCUCGAUCCCCAACCCCACCGAGCAAAGAAACCGCCCCUCUCCCAUCCCUCGACAACAACCCCCCACAGCUAACCUUCAGAAUGAGGCCCAUUCUUUUGUCAGGCCACGAACGUGCCCUGACCCAGGUCAAGUACAACCGCGAGGGCGAUCUUCUCUUCUCUACCGCCAAGGAUCAACACAUCUGCGCCUGGUUUGCGCACAACGGCGAGCGUCUCGGCACAUAUCAGGGCCACCAAGGUGCCAUCUGGACUGUUGACGUCGACCCAACCUCCACCAUCAUCGCCUCCGGCUCCGCCGACAACACCAUCCGCCUCUGGGAGGUCAAGACCGGCAAGCUCCUCAAGACAUGGGACUUCCCCACCGCCGUCAAGCGCGUUGAGUUCAACGAGGAUGGCACCAAGCUCCUCGGCGUGACGGAGAAGCGCAUGGGUCACCUCGGCACCAUCGUCGUGCUCGACAUCAAGGUCGACCCCGAGGCCGAGCAGUCGGACGAGAAGGUCCUGACCAUCGUCUGCGAGGAGAGCAAGGCCACCGUUGCCGGGUGGAGCUACCUCAGCAAGUACAUCAUCGCCGGCCACGAGGACGGCAGCGUCUCCCAGUACGACGGCAAGACGGGCGACCUCAUCUACAACGUCAACGUCCACGAGCUCGGCUCCCCCAUCACCGAUCUCCAGUGGAACCAGGACCGCACAUACUUCAUCACCGCCUCAAAAGACAAGAGUGCCAAGCUCAUCACAGCCAAGGAGCUCGAAGUCCUCAAGACGUACGUCGCCGACACACCCCUCAACAGCGCCGCCAUCACCCCCAAGAAGGAGUACGUCAUCCUCGGCGGUGGUCAGGCCGCCAUGGAUGUCACAACCACCUCGGCGAGACAGGGUAAAUUCGAGGCCCGCUUCUACCACAAGAUCUUUGAGGAGGAGAUUGGCCGUGUCCGUGGCCACUUCGGCCCUCUCAACACAGUCGCCGCCGACCCCACGGGCAAGGGUUACGCCUCUGGUGGUGAGGACGGUUACGUCCGCGUGCACCAGUUCGACAAGGGGUACUUUGACUUCAACUACGAGGUGGAGAGGGAGAGGCUAAACAGGUUAGCUGCCCAGGGUGGCAAAUAAAAAGAAUUUUAAUGGGGGACUUAAAAAAUGAUGAAGAAAUCAUGACCGGGGUUUCCAUGGGACAAUCUGAAAGGAAGAAGGGAACGAGCCGCGAAGUGGUUGGUUGGUUGGGUUGUGAGGGUGGAAAUGAUGAAGGCGGAGGCGGAUGAACGAAUGAAAGAUGUGGUUUGAGUUCGGCAUUUGCAAUGGCGUUCAGGGACAGAUUCUUGGGCGGACACACGCGGAUCACACACAAAAGGGUGAACAAGAAAGAUGAAAAGGGGGAAGGCGGGGGGAUCCAGGCAGGAAAACCAACCCCCUUUUUUUGAUGUCACUACUUUUGGUAGAGAGAAGGAAAAGCGACAUGAAAGCCAGUCUUUUUUCCCCUCUCGCCCAGAUAGAGGAGCUGAUUGUAAAACUCGUAACGG